AUGAUCAUGAAGAGUAGCUUUGUGCCUCUUGUGGCCUUGUCCUCCGCCAUUGGCGCAUGGGCCCAUGGCGAAGACGCAGCCAAAGAUAUGGGCCCUGUGGCUUUCAUGUGGCCGCCAGAUCGUACCUGGGGCGCCGCCUAUGAUAACACGGCUCCGUGUGGCUCGUCCUCUGGCGCCACGAACCGAACCGACUUCCCUAUGGUCAAUGGUCAACUCGCACUCGUCAUCCAAGACGAAUCGUGGAACGUUCAGAUCGCAAUCUCUCACAAAAGCGACCCUAGCACCAAUGAUGACUUCGAGUCAUUCAUUGACGGAUCACGCAUCAAGGACAUCGAGCCAGGCCACGAAUGCUAUCCCGUCCCCAACCCCUCCAUCGAUGUCGAAGAAGGAAUGAACGCUACCUUCCAAAUCAAGUACACCUCAGACUUUGAAACUGACAAGAAUGAAACCUACUAUGCCUGCGCCGAUGUUAGAUACGUCGCUGCCAGCAAGUUCACAACUCAAGUGCCUUGUUUCAACGUCACAGCGGAUGAGUUCACCGCUGUCACAAGUACCACGGCUACCGCUGGUGCCACUGCCACUGCCGGAUCAUCUAGCUCGUCCUCCAAGGACUCGAGUACAAAGGAGUCAAGCUCGGGUCUUUCUGGAGGCGCUAUCGCUGGUAUCGUGGUUGGUUGUGUGGCAGCUGUGGCGAUUGCCCUUGCAGUUCUGUUCGGAUAUAGAAGGUUCUUGCAGAAGUAUCGCUCUUAUCGUCAGAAGGCGUCUGUUAGGAACGUGGAUUGGGCCGAGACUGCUACUGUUAAUCCAAAGGUGGAUGACGAGGGUCUUCGGAAGAUUCGAUAG